AUGACUCUUGCCAGCUAUCCGCAGGCCGCGCUUGCGGUGGCCUUGGGCAUGGCUUUGAUAUGGCUUGUACGAUACUCCCAUGCAUUCUCGCGGUAUAAGUACCCUCUCCCUCCUGGACCCCCUGGCAGGUUUUUGGUUGGCAACCUAGGCCAUGUCAGCAUCGACAGCCCUGAGAAGGAUUACCUCCGAUGGGGCCAGGCCUACGAUUGCGAUGUCAUUCAUACCGAAGUCCUCGGCCAACACAUGAUCUGUCUGAACAGUCGCCAGGCUGCUGAAGACUUACUUGAACGCCGGGGCUCCAACUACUGCGACAGACCGAGAUUUACUCUUUUCGAGAUGAAAUUCGAGUUAAUCCAGCAGCAUGAAGCACGCAAAACAGUUCGAAAUUUACUCCAGGACCCCGCGGACUGGAAAGACAUCACGCUGCUUAUGGCAACAAGCAUCAUAUUCCGGAUCGCCUUCGGUCAGGAGGUCGUAGAUAAGAACUCUCCAUAUUGCGCCAUGUCCCAGGCCGCGAACUAUGCCACGACAGCGGGUGGAACUCCUGGUUCAACACUGGUCGAUCUCUUUCCACCUGCAAAAUACCUCCCGGACUGCCUCAACCUCUCAGAGCCUCUGGCUCACGCGCGACGCAGUCAGAAAACAAUACGCACUAUCCAUGAAGAGCCUUGGGCCGCAAGCUUGAAGGACAUUGACGCAGGUAUCGCGUCUUCUUCAUUUAUGAAGACAUAUUUGGAGAAAUAUCGAGUCAUCGAGAAGUCUGGCAAGUCCCAGGAAUUGACCAUUCCCGAUAUCAAAGGCGCGGCGGGCGCCAUAUUUAUUGCCGGCGGCAACACAACCUGGAGCACCCUGCAAGCCUGUGUUCUCUUCCUGACAAAGUACCCCAAUGUCCAGCGGCGCAUUCAAGAGGAGCUAGAUGAAGUUGUCGGACCAGAUCGCUUGCCAACCUUUGAUGAUCGCCCCCGCCUCCAAUACCUGGAUCGUUUCAUCAAGGAGGUUCUUCGAUGCCUCCCAUUAAACCCUUUGGUCAUACCACACAGAAGUCUUGCGGAGGAUGUCUACAAUGGCAUGCGCAUACCCAAAGGUUCCAUCGUUUUUGCGAAUGCCUCUGCCAUGGCUUCUGACCCAACAGUGUAUGAUCGACCUGCCCUCUUUGAACCGGACCGCUACCUUCGCGGUGAGCCAGAGUCUCCGGGCAAUUUCGGCUUCGGCCGGCGGAAAUGUCCGGGAAAUCACCUUGCACUUGCUUCUGUUCAGAUCUUUGUUGCGACGCUCAUGUCAGCGUUCCACAUUGACAAGGCUAUCGAUGACAAUGGUCAAGUCUUGGAGCCCAGGGUUGGUAUCUCUAUUGGAUUAGGCGGGCAUCCGCUGCCAUUCGAGUGCGUUUUCACGCCAAGGCACGGUGUUGAGGCUGCUAGCCUGCUUGAACGAGAGCCAUGA